AUGAGCGACCGCAAUAAUGCAAGCGACACCAUGAGCCCGCCAAACGACACGGGCGCCCAUGCCAAACGCAAGAGCGACGAGGGCGGUCCGCAGCCACGGGCGAAGCGCAAUCGCUAUAUUUCCAUCGCAUGCAAUGAGUGCAAGAGACGAAAGAUCAAGUGCAACGGACAGACGCCCUGUCAGCGCUGUGGAAACCUCAGCUUGGAGUGCUUGUAUGCGCCGAAUUGCUGCAACAACUUCAAGGAGUCGGAUGAGUUCAAGCAAAUGGAUGCCCAUAUCAACCAUCUCCAGCAGCAAGUCGACGACCUCUUCCACAGUCUCUCGAGUCUGCGGGCGCAGGUCGAUGUGCAGAGUAAUGGGUCGACAGGCACCCCCUUCAACCCCAACCCCCACGACUACCAGCCAGCGCCCAUGCUGCCUCCGUCCUCUGCACGAUCUCGCACAAAGUCGAUGAGCAAGUACCCGCGCUUCCAUGGCCCAACAUCGAGCGCCUUCAACCUCGGCGUCGCCCGAAGCAGCCUCAAGACCAUGGGCAUCACGGGUGGCGAGGAUGGCGAGGACGGCGAGGACGAGGGUGUUGCAACCCACGAUGCGACCCCUAGACCCUCUCCACCCUUGUUGUCUCAUCCGUCACUUGUGAAGCAGUCGCUGCAUGUCGACAAGGAUCCCAUAUGGUCCAUCUCGAGACACGAGGCCAUUCGAUUGGUCAAUGUGUGGUAUGAAGAGCAAGGAGUCAUGUAUCCCAUUCUGGAAAUUGACAAGAUACUGCGAUAUACCGAAAUGCUCUUCUCGUUUGUAGAGGCUGCUGCCCGCUCCGGUCUUAUGCAAAGUGCUCUACCUGGUGCGGAUGCCAUCAUGGACCAUCAGACGAGCGUGUUGAAACUAAUCCUUGCCAUUACCCUCGUCUUAGAGGGGAGAGGCAAAGAUGCUCUUGGGGAGAGACUAUUUGAAAACGUUCAUAAAGUCGUGGAAAAGACGCUGUCUGAUCCUGUGAGCCUGCAUGGCAUCAACCUCCUCGCACUCACAGCAAUGUACCACUUCACGCGCGACGACGAGGCCAUGGCAUGGCGAGUCAUCGGAUUGGCUGCACGUCAUUGUCUAGAGCUCGGCCUGCAUCGCCGGGAAACCUACGAGACUCUGUUCCCUGAUCCCGAAGAGCAAGCGGCAGCCAUUCGCACGUUCUGGUGCAUAUAUGUCUUGGACCGGAGAUGGAGCUUUGGCACGGGCAUGCCCUUUGCUCUGCAGGAUGCCGACAUUGAUGCCAAUCUUCCCAAGCCAGAUGUCUCGGCGCACGAGUCUACGCCAUACCUCAAUUCGAUGAUAUCCUACAGUAUCAUUGGGUCCAAGGUCUGGAGGUCGGUGGCCGACGUCGCUUCGCAAGAAAAGAUCAACAAGGACGACGUCUCGUUUCUCGACUUUCAAGUCCUCAACUGGCACAGAAGCAUUCCCGAACCCCUCAAGUUUACCCAUCCCGACAGCGGUAUCCAGGUCGAGCCUCCCACCCGUACCAUCCACCGUCUCCAAGUCGUUCUUUACCUCCGCGCAAAUCAAAUGCGCAUUCUCAUCUACCGACCCGUCCUGCACACCGCCACGACCAUAAUGGAAAAUCUCGAAUUCGCACACGUAGUCAUCAAGGUGGCCAAGGACACCAUCCGCAUCCUAACCUACAUCAACCAAACCUCGGACAUUUACCGCAGCCAGCAAACCAUGUUCAACUAUUUCCUCAUCUCCGCCCUCGCCGUCCUCUUCCUCGCCGUUGCACACGCCCCCGCCGAAUUCAGCCAACAGUCACGCGAUGAGUUCUACAUGGCCCUCGAGCUCGUUCGCGGCCUCAGCUCCAACUCGUACGUCAGCAAACGGCUGUGGAAAACUAUCAAGACGCUCAAGGAAGUCGGGCCCAGUCUCGGCCUCGCCAUCCACAACAAUAAUAACAACAGCAAUCACGCCUCGCACACUGACCGCGACGCGCAUUCUUCGGCCGCCGUGGCCAUGGCGGGGUUGGCGGGCCACCAGGUCGAUGAGAUGGCGCUGUAUGCGAAUGGCAGGAAUGGAGGCACGAAUCUGGAUACGCCGCAUGGAAUGGCGAGUGAUUUGACCACGCUGUUUGAGGCGGCGGGGGGCACGUUUCAAUUGAAUGGGUUUGGGCAUGGUGCUGGUGCUGGUACGGAUAUACGGGAAGGGGUGGGGACUGGAGGAGGCGGCGAUUUUGCGCACGCGUUUGGGCAUGAGAAUGAAGAGUUGGCGAAGAUUAUGAGGGAUUUGUUUUGA